AUGCUCAAGGUGUCAGCUGUAUUGUGUGUGUGUGCAGCGGCUUGGUGCAGUCAGGCUCUCGCAGUUGCCGCGGCGGUGACUGCGGCCGGGGGGCGGUCGGACGGCGGCAAUUUUCUGGAUGACAAACAAUGGCUAACCACGAUCUCUCAGUAUGACAAGGAAGUCGGACAGUGGAACAAAUUCCGAGACUGCAAACUAGAAUAUCAGGCAUGUGUCUUAGGAAAACAGAUUUCUGUCAAAUGUGAAGGACGUUGCCCAUGUCAUUCAUAUAAGACAACAAGUUCAAGCAGAAAUCUUAAGAGAGCGUGUAGUGACCUGGAGUUCAGGGAAGUGGCAAACAGAUUGCGGGACUGGUUCAAGGCCCUUCAUGAAAGUGGAAGCCAGAACAAGAAGACAAAAGCAUUACUGAGACCCGAGAGAAGCAGAUUUGAUACUAGUAUUUUGCCAAUUUGCAAAGAUUCACUUGGGUGGAUGUUUAACAGACUUGAUACAAACUAUGACCUGCUAUUGGACCAGUCAGAACUGGGAAGCAUUUACCUUGAUAAGAAUGAACAGUGUACCAAAGCAUUCUUCAAUUCUUGUGACACAUACAAGGACAGUUUGAUAUCUAACAAUGAAUGGUGCUACUGUUUCCAGAGACAGCAAGACCCACCCUGUCAGACAGAGCUCAGCAACAUUCAGAAAGGACAAGGAAUAAAGAAGCUCCUUGGACUGUAUAUUCCACUAUGUGAUGAAGAUGGCUAUUAUAAACCAACACAAUGUCAGGGUAGUCUUGGGCAGUGCUGGUGUGUUGACAGAUAUGGAAAUGAAGUCACAGGAUCUAGAACAAACAGUGUUGCAGACUGUGCUAUAGAUUUUGAGAUCUCUGGAGAUUUUGCAAGUGGAGAUUUCCAUGAAUGGACUGAUAAUGAGGAUGAUAAAGAUGACAUUAUGAAUGAUGAAGAUGAAAUUGAAGAUGAUGAUGAAGAUGAAGGGGAUGAUGAUGAUGAUGGUGAUGACCAUGAUGGAUAUAUUUGA